CGGCGGCGGUGGCGGAGACAUGGCCGCUGGGAUCGACGAGGAAGCUGAUACCAAGUUGUCACGACCCGGCUGAUUGCCGCGCAGGUUGUAGUCGUGGUUGGUAGGAGGACGAGGGCGAGGCCCUCGCUUGCCUAUGGUUAGAGAAGGGGGUGAGGAGGGGCGCCGUGGCGCAGGAGCAAGGGAGGAGAGGUUGUAGGAUAUUCUGCUUGCGUUUAUUGAUCCAAGGGCUGGCUAUAUAUAGCCUAAUUACAAGACCAGACUAAGACUCCUAUUACAAUUGGGUGUUGGCAGGGUAACCUUCUUCGGGACUAAACCUUUCCAACUAAUACCCAGACUCCUAAUCUAAAAAGACUGUAAUUAAACUAGGACAUAUCUUUAGGCAGGUGCAGGGCCGGCCCGUGCAGGUCCCUUACGCCUAUAGGGCUGGCCCCACAUGACAAUGAUGUUUGGUUGGCAGUAGUUCUUGGUUAUGGCUGUGAACAUGUAAAUAUUGUGGUUACCCUUUCUUUCUCACUAGCGGUGAUCUUACCCAUGCAUAUGCAAUAUGAACUUAACACCGUUUCAGUCCUAAAUAGUGAACAAAUGGCAGUUCAUCCUAGCAUUGCAGUAUAAAUUGACAAUCAUCAUAUGACUCAAUAGGGGAAGUUCAUUGAUGCCAAACUAGGGGGAAGUUAUCAAUCCUUGUUCUUUCAUUGCUCCGCUUCUCCUUCAGAUCCUUGUGUUAUCUCCAUUGGCGUACAUUGCUCUGCUUUAUUGCCUUCACACCAUGACCGGGGUCAUGCUCAUCAUCAGCCAUUACAUCCUCCUCCUUGGGCACAAGUUCGUCAUAACUCCAUUCCAAGAUCAAGUCAUGGAGAAUGCAACAUCCAAGAACAAGCCUAACUUGGGCGAGAAAAGAGUGAAAUGCCUUCUGAUUUAGGAUCUGAAAUUUAUUCUUCAAAACAUUAAAUGCCUCUCAACCGUAACUCUAAAGUAGAGCGUCCGAGAUUGAACAAUUCGGCAACGGUCCUAGGAUAGUUUCUAGAGGAGAACUCGUUCGAGCAUCUCCUUGUAGAGCUUACCAUCGUGGGAUAUUGAUCCCAUUAGGUUGAGGCACGCUGUCAGUGGGAACGUUAGCAUUAUGGGAUGAUCCUUCCCAAGCAGCUAACAUAUAUGUGGACUUUAGAUCAAAAUCAAUAACGUCAAGCACAUUCUGGCUGUAUGUUGUAGCUUGUGACCUCAACACUCUAGCAGUCACAUGACUACCAUCUAUUGCGCCAUACAAUCCUGUGAUGGAAUGAGAAAACCGGUAUGACUCGCUUACAACAAUACAAGCAUGUCAUGGCAUGAACUACGAGUAAUGCUCACCUUGAAAUAGGAUACUAUAUAGGACUAUGCAAAUCUUGGUAGAAGUUUGCCCAGUUGGUGUCUUGGUCAUCUCUCCUCCGAGCUCUCCAAUCGCAUAUAAUACUUGCUUGAAAUACCUUGAAAAUUGUCUUAGUUGAUCUCCGGAAUAUGUUGUGAAUAACUUUGAACCUUUAAUUAUGACAUAUAAGGCUAUAAUAUGAAGGAGCAUUCCUACUUGCUCUUCCACAAAUGUGUGGAUGCUAUCUUUUAGCAACUCACUGGUCAUAAACGUCUCCAGUAACUUGGCAAAAGGUUCUUUUCACAUUUGAAGGAUGUUCAUUUUUUUAAUAAAGGGUGGAUUUUAUUAGCUCAAAGAGGAGCAUCAAGAGGAUACAAACCCAAAGAGCACACACCCGGCCUCUGCAUAGCUAGGAUGCACACAGCCAACAUCAACACACACACACACUAAAAAACACGCCAGAUAGCAAAGUCAUAUAAGACCAAAGCUAUGUGUAGGCGAGUAAAAGAAAAACCCGAAGCGUCCAGAUCCACGAUCGGCAAACUAUAUCAACGACCAUAUCCACACCAACCAUCUCAUGACAUCACACAGACGACGAGGUUCUUCAACAGUAACGCCUUCAAGAAGGGAACAACACUCAAGUGUUGCCGUCACCGGAUCCAACCACCAAGGCCUGAAUCUUGGUUUUCACCCUGAAGAAUCAGUGCAAGCAUAUCCGAGCAAUGCCUUCAACAAGGUAACGACGUAAAAAAACAUCGCCAUUGCCAGGUAUAACCAGCGCAGGUCAACCUAGGCUUUCACCCCGGAUCUCGCGACCGGGUGCUCACAGCACCACCUUCGAAGUCACUCAAGUGUUCUCGCCACCACUUUUCCGUAAUCCCAGCAGCUACAUACAAUGACCGCCGCCACUGCACAACCAUUCCUCCGCGUCAAGCCGACAUCUAUAGUUUGCAUCUCACCACCGAAGUCAACCAUUGGACAUAGAGAGAUUAACCCUCCCGAAGAUCCCUCGGUGACCACCGUCGCCGUGGAGCCGCAAGAGGUCACUGCAACACAGUCUGCAGUCACCCCACUCGACCGAUCGAAUCUGGAUCACCACCACCAAGCCGUCCAGAUCUGAAUUGAGCAACCACGCCGGGUCGGUCAUGAACAGACCAUGAUCUAGAGUCGCCGGAGCCCGCGACCUCGUUGCCUCCACGCCCUGCAGCAAGCCGGAGCCAAGCCACAAGAAGAGACAAGCCGGCGUCGCACGAAGGCGCCCAUCCAGCAGAGGGCAGUCUUGCCGUCGCGGGAGAGCUGUGCCGCCCGACCAUCAAGUCACCGCAGCAGGACGCCCAUGCAGGAAGUGGAGCUGCAUCGUUGCCCCGUGCAGCCAUGAACCGAGGAGCUUUCCCCAUGCAGCCGCCGCCACACGCAGAUCCAGAGCGCUGAGGAGCCGCCGGCCGCCAGAGAGAAAUCCCACCGCCGCAGGCACCGCGCGGGCCUUGCCCGGUGGCACGCGCCGGUAGCGGCUGGGGAGGAGAGGAGGUGGUGGGGAGCCGAGGCCUGCUAGGGUUGGGGCGCCCCGGUGCCGCUCGGGAGCGGCACGGGAGCGAGAUCCGUUUUUCCCGUAAGAAUGUUCAUAGCCUCUACGUAGUUCAGAUUCUUCGCCAUCUUCUCCCUAUCUCAGGCUACCAAUGGACCAUAACAGGUCACAUAUUUAUCACUCCGAUGAACCACUCUCUUGUGGACCAACAUGACCUAGGCCUGACUCACAACUAUAAGUGAUGCUACAUAAACAACUAGGUUCAUCCCAGUGAAACUGAUGUGACAGUAAGUAAUGGCGAAGCAUGGCUGUGUGGUCCUUACCACCAUCGAAGCCGAUGAUCCGCCCAUGUUGGAGCGAGGGAAACGAACGGAGACGAAGGCGAAUGGGAUAAGCAGGUCAUGUUGCCGGAGAUGAGUGAGUAAAUGGGGGUGUGGCCAGAUUUUGCGCCAUCACGCGUCGGCGGAUUUUGGUCUCCUGCCAUCUCCAUGUUGAUUCUCUCCUGCACCACCGCGUACGUCGUGCCCCUUUUUGUGCUGGAGUUAGCCCGGCUCGCUGAAAACGGCCAAUUCGAGAGAAUCCUGAUAGGACGCUUUAAGGUUCGUGCGCGUGUGGAAUAACUCUCGUUUAUGCAACCAAACUGGUUUUUCUUGCACUCAAUAAGUUUGUUUGACCUAAUGCAGACUAGCAAGCACAAGACGCCACACAUCAGUGGCGGAUCCAGGAUUGGAGCAAGCCCCGGGCUCAAAAAAUAAUAAUUUCGUCGCGAGAGAAAAACUUAACGUCCAUCAAGCUAUAGCUACCUCAAAAGAAUACCUCAAAUAUGGCUCAAUUGCAUCAAAAAUUUAGAAUUUAAACUCCAUGCUUAGAGAUACAGCAAAAUAGAUAAAAAAGAUGACAAAAACUAUAAACAGUACAUGCAGUAAAAAGAAUACCAAAUCAAUGGCUUGCAGCAGCAACAUUCACAUUUAUAUACAAUUCAAGUGAUUAAAUGUUUGACAGCAGCAGCAAGCCAACAACCAUAAGCAGCAGUAGCAGAUCCAAACAUUAUAGCAGAUAAAAAAUGUUCAAUCUUUAAAGUUUCUAUCUACAGCAGGUCGGCACUCAGGUAGCAGCAGCCAUUACCAAUUUACACCCUGAAUCCGAGGCCGCGUGGCGGAGAGCAGGAGAGCCGGAGCCUGGCCGGAGCAGAGUAGGCGAGGCGGCGAGCACCGGAGCAGCAGGGGACCGGGGCCAGGCUGGGCGAGCGGCGGAGGCCGGAGGGUGCGGGCGGGCGAGCGAGCGGCGGACCGGCGGAGCAGGCGAGCGGUGGAGCAGCCGAGCAGGGGAGCGCCGGACCGGAGGGCAGGCGGCGGCGGCUGGCUCGCUGCCUCGCUCCACAGGGCGUGCCGCGUGUGUCUAGGGUGUCAGGGUGGCGUCCUCGCUCCUGGGCCAUGCGAAUGUGGAGAUGGAGUAGGUGGCCUGGGCCUCGGCUGUGUGUUGGGCUAAGCCCCCGGCCCAUUCGAAAAAAUGGCUAUAUAAUAACUAAAAAAAUUGCCAUGCCCCGGGCCUGGGCCCAGAUCCGCCCCUGCCACACAUCAUAGCGCACAGAACAUGUGGGUGACGCGGUCGCCGAAGCCGGAAGAGCGUGGAGUGAGAGCAUCUCCAGCCACGCUCCCAACAGCCCCCCAAACGUUUUUUAGCGCCGGCGGGCGAAAAUCGGCCCAACCGCGCUGCCAGGAGCCCGUUUUUCGCCGGGUUGGGCCGAAAUAAUAGCCGGCGCAUCCGAGCCGAACCCGGCGCACUGGGACGCCUGCACAAGCAAAAAGGGGCGUGGGGCCGCUCUGUCGGCGAGAGGAGGGUCUUUUCCCGCCGUUUCUUCCCUCUCAUUCUCUCCAUUUCUCCUGCUAAUCUCCUCCUCCUCCCCUCCCAGCCGACCGCCAUGCCGCCGAAGAAGUACGUGCUCCCCCGCGCCGCGACGGCUGCGAUCACCGUCGUCGCCCAGCCGAAGCAGAGGAAGCCGAGGGCGCCACCGUCCAAGCCCCCGGGCAUGUCCAACGCCGACUGAAGGGCGGAAGUUCAGCGUCGGGAGGCUGUCACCACCGACCGACGGAACAGGGCCAACGCCAAGAAGGCCCGGGACAGCGGGGCGCUCGCGGCUGCGGCGUCGGCGGAUCAAGCGGAGCGCUCGGCCGAACAAGCCGAGGCGGCUCGCGUGGGGAUGUUGAAUCCACCCGGCGGCCACGCCCAAUACGCGCCCUGAAGCCAGCAAAGCGUCGGUUCUCCGGCCGGCUUCUCUUCGUCACCGCAACCCUAGGGCUGCACGCCGUCGCCGGGCUACGCCGACGGGGACGCGCACGGCGGGUUCAACCCCAACAUCACCUUCCCCCAUGGUCACCCGGCCCAGCGCACGCCCUCGCCCGCCUUCGCCGGCGUGCAGUACCCUCCAUACACCUACUCACCGCCGGCCUACGCGUCCUCCCCGACGCCCCCUCUCCGCCGUGGCGCGCUGCCCUUCUCAUAAGCUUCCACGUUGCAUCUCAUCGUCAUCGACGCGACCGAAGCCGACAUGGACGACAUCAUCACGGCAGGCUCGGCCGCCGCCGCCGCGUCCCCCGGGUUCAUUACCCAGGACGACACGAUGGACCUCAACGACGACAUGGACGGCGAGCCCGAGUACGGCGAGGAGGAGGAGGAGGAACCGGCGCCGGCUCCGGUGAGGAAACGCAAGAAGAAGAAGGGGGCGGCCAGGACCGGCGAGCCACGCAAAGUGGGCGUCCAAGGAGCAGGAGUGUCUCGCCGAAGCGUGGAAAGUCGUCUGGCUCGACCCGAUCACCGGCACGAACCAGAGCAUCGAGACGUAUUGGGAGCGCAUCAAGGCCGAGUUCGACGAGCGCACUCGUCGACCCCUACUUCAAAGGCGCCUACAUGCAGCGUGGGUCGAAGGCAAUGGCGAACCAUUGGGGGCUCAUCCAGUUGGCGUGCAACAAAUGGCAUGAGAUCGUCGAGGAGAUCGCGGCUCGCCCGGAGAGCGGCACCAGCAUUGAGGAUCAGGUAUGGCACACCGGUCUCCCACUUCUUUUCGCCGUGCGCGCCCACCAACUGUUUGUUCCUCGGCGCAGCUGCUGCAGAUGUUCGCCAUGUAUCGCCAGGACAGCAGCGACCAAGAAUUCAAAUACCUCCACGUCUUCAAGCGGAUCGAGAAGUGCGAGAAGUGGGCGGAUGUCCGGCGCACCCUCGCCAAGGCCAAGGAGACCUACAAGCCGGACGCGCCGACGCCGGGCGCCCCGAAGGCAACAAAGGGGCCAAGAAGGGGAAACACGCCGACUAGGCUACCGCGCGAGUGCAGGAGUCCACCGAGCAUUGCUUCGCCGACGCACAGGCCCGGGCCGCCCUGCGUGAAGAGAAGACUGAGGCGCGGUCGUCGGCGUUGAUGGCGAACAGCGCCGUCAAGCUCGACCUACUCCGGACCAACGUCGCCACGAAGAAGAGGAACACCGACCUGGCUUUUUUGAUGGGCGGGGUGGACAUGCUCCAGAGCAACGACGAGCAGCUCAAGGCGUGGUACCUGGCGGAGCGCGGCCUCAUCCUGAACCAGCUGCCGUCGACGGCGUCGCCAACUCCCACGCCCACGCCGACGACGCCACCAAGCCCGAGCGAUGAUGCCUCCACGACGCCCAGCAGCACAGAAGCCGCGCCGACACCGCCCAGCACAAAAGCAGCUCCGACAUCGCCAAGCCCGCGCACGCCGACUCCGCCGACGCCGGAGGCCGAUCCCGCCGUUUGAUGCGUUGCCCACGCGUCCUUUUUUUUUGUACGCCGAACUUUUCAUCCGAUCGCCGAACUGUGGCAAGGUGAUCGCCGAACUGGGCCGCUGAUCGCCGGACUUGUGGCAUUUUUUUGUGAGCGGGAAUGACCAAAUUUGAAUUUGCCGCGACUUGGGGGGCGGCGCCUGGGGGCGUGGCUGGGAGCUAGGUCGCCCCAGAAGCCAAUCUAGCGCCGGUUUGCCCCCAGGCGGCUCUUUUUCGAUGCCUUGGGGGCCCGAACGGCUGGAGAUGCUCUGAAGAUCCGGAAUGCCAUUGUUGACGCCCGCCGGGUGCGGCCAUCCCGAGUCCUGCUGAGCUUGGGGAGCGCCGGCGAGAAGGAGACUCGCUCGGUGCCGACCUCCCACGUGAAAGACUUUGGCGCUUCGUGCCCUGCGCACCUCCCACGUGAAAGACUCGGAGCUUUGCUACACGUACAGGGUGUUACAGGGAUGAGGGGUUUACAGGGUGUUGUGGCGGUUUUUAAUUGGUCAUUAGUAGAGGCACGGGUCCACCCCCAGUGAAAUCAGGAGGGUGUGUUUAGAAAGUUUGAAAGGAGGCCGUAGAAACCUGUAAAAGCCUGUACGUCUAGCAUUUUUGCAAAUAGGCAGUAGUACUACUCGAUGCAAUAGUUAUUUUCUAAUCUAAGGGUCAUGUGGGAGACUCGACCGAGGACCAAGCACGACGACCACGAGUCCACGACCAAUGAAUCUGGCCGGGUUUUCUCUUUUCCCCACGGAAGAGCAAGUGCGCCGCUGGUAGAUAAAGGGAAGAGGAAACCACGGGGAAAGAGACUGCUGCUUGGCCGCACAUGCAUGUAGGAUGAUUAAAAGCUUUGGACGUAACGAAACCGUCUGUAUAAAUUAUCCUCCCUGCAAGCAAAGCUUGUGCGUACUACUACUAGCCACAGAUUCAGCCAACUUUCCAUUUCCCCACCCCAAGAAUGCUCUCCGGCGUGUUUCUCAUAGCAGCGCUGCUGCUGCUCUUCUGCCCCACACCGACAGCCGGCGAUGGUGGGUUUUCAAUGUCCUCUCUCGGCUUCAACAGCUCCCAACUGAUGGUUUUCACCAGAAAUAUGCAAAGGUCAGCCCAUGAGCUGUUCCUCGACAAAAGUCUCUCUGCGUUGAACAACUCAAUGGGGCUCAUCGUCUUACCGGUGAUGUUCUCCUUCUCCCUAGAAUCCACUUCCGUCUACGCAAACUUCACCAUGCAAGGCUCUUCCCCUGCCUCCUUCACCGUAGUAUUCGCCAUGCUUCCGGCAGAUGUCCUUAGGAACGUCGGCACGAGGUACAUCAUCAACGGCGUUGACCAAACUAACAACAAUGAGAAGACGAUCGGCAGCAACGAGUUUGCUGCCGUCGAGAUUGGCACGCUGAGGUCGAGCUUGAGCUUCCCAGGCCAGCCGGGUGUUGGCCUCAAUGUCACCGUCACGCCCAUCAAGAUCCAGAGCCUCGCCGUGAGGGUCGACUACUUCUACUCCAAAUCCAGGGCGGCGGUGUACGUUGGCCCCGUCGGCUCCGAACAAGGGCCCGACUUGGUUGCCAGUGGGCCGGUCAAUAUAAAGAAGAUGGAAGAAGUCGAUUUCGCCUUCAUCGGCUUCUUCAGCGACCGUGUGAGCAACAUCUUGAGCAAUAUCAAACCUUGGGGGCUGAGUGUGCAAAGUGUUCGUCCGAAGCACAAAGGGCCGUCAUGGCUGGUCAUACUGCUCUCGGUUGUCGGAUCAGCGGCUGCCACGGCCAUUACUGCUGCUGCUUUCGCGGUCUACUACAGGUCCAAGUACAGGAGGUGGAACAAGGACCUGCAGCGGCUGGCCAGGUCCAUGCAGCACCUCCCGGGGAUGCCAAGGCACGUCGACUUCGCCGACAUCAAGAAGGCCACCAAAAACUUCCAUAGCAGCAUGCAGCUGGGAGCAGGCGGAUUCGGGGCCGUCUACAGAUGCAAGCUUCCGGCGGCGCCCGAAGUUGGGGGGCCGGAGGUGGAGGCGGCCGUCAAGAAGUUCACCCGCAACCACAACGGGUGCUACGAUGACUUCAUGGAGGAGGUCAGCGUCGUCAACCGUUUGCGCCACCGGAACAUCGCUCCUCUUGUCGGCUGGUCUUACCACUCAGGCGUGCCCCUCCUCAUAUUCGAGCUCAUACCAAACGGCAGCUUGGACCAACAUCUGUUCCAUCCAACAAGGGCACGCUUCCUCCAGUGGGAGACGAGAUAUGACAUCGUCAAGGACAUAGCCACCGGCCUGCACUACGUCCACCACGAGUACGAGCCAGCGGUGCUCCACCGCGACAUCAAGGCGAGCAAUGUCCUGCUCGACUCCGCGUUCCGCGCCCGCCUGGGCGACUUCGGCAUUGCCCGCGCGGUGGGCCUCGACCGGAACUCGGUCACCGGCUUCGCCGGGACACGGGGUUACAUAGCGCCGGACUACGCGUGCAGCUACAAGGCCACGAGGGAGACGGACGUCUACGCGUUCGGGGUGGUCGUCCUCGAGAUCGUCACCGGCAAGCCGGCGCUCCAUAGGGACGUCCCGUCUGACAACAUCAUGUCCGACUGGGUCUGGCAGCUUCACCGGGAGGGGGAACUGAUCAACGCCGUGGACGGUGUGCUCGCGGCUGCCGGGUUCGACGCCGACGACGCCAGGCGGCUGCUGCUGCUUGGCUUGGCGUGCACCAACCCAAACCCGGCCGACCGGCCGAGCAUGGCGACAGUGGUGAGGGUGGUCACCAAGCUGGCGCCGUCGCCGGACGUCCCUCUGGAGAGGCCGACGUUCGUCUGGCCGCCUCAGGGGCUGUGCACAUCAACGCCGGGAUCAACCUGUGGAACAGGAACAAGUAUUUUUCGUACGGUGGGCUCAUCCGCCAUGGUGGAGCUCGAGCAGCUGAGUGAAGAGCUGCCUAUUGUUGUAUUCCAGGCAUCAGCUGGCACAACAAGUGGGCAGGCAAGGACAUCGAUCGAAACAGCACCAGCUCAGCCAUCUCGUGGCACCACCAGGUCUUCCUGAGCUGCCAGAACAAUUUCAUUUUCUUUCGUAUAGAAAACAGACAGAGAAAAAAAAGGAGAGAUUUUCGCUUCCCUGCCUCCGCACCAACUAGGAAUGUAUAGUCAUUUUAGUAUGAGUAAAAUAUAAACAAGGUCCUCAAUUUUUUUUAAAUAAGUAUCAAGAUA